AUGGAAGUGAGAGAUUGUCCUCGGAUGGAAGCUAUUAUUAUUGAUGAAAGUGAAAACAGUAAUGAAGUAUUUGAGUUUGAGUUCAAUCCCUUGCGCUCCUUGAAUUUGAAAAAUCUUCCGAAUCUUAGAAAGUUUCACAGCAAAAUGAAGAUGCCAAAAAAAAUUGAGGAAUUUCUGUCAGAACGGGAGAGUGGUACUCACUUAUCACUUUUCAGUAGAACGGUUUCUUUCCCCAACUUGGAGCAUCUUCAAUUAGACUCAAUUAGUUGUGAAAAGAUAUGGCACGACCAACUUUCUGCAACUUCUUCAAAAUUAGAGAGUUUGUUUGUCAAUGAUUGCAACGAGUUGAACCAUUUAUUUACAACUUCAAUUGUUAAAAGACUCUUGCAGCUCAAAACACUUAAUAUUUCCUCUUGUACUUCCAUGGAAGAGAUAAUACUAACAGAGGAAUUUAUAGAACAGGAAGAUGAGAGGAUGAAUCAGAUACUCUUCCCUAAAUUGGAUAGGCUGACACUUCUGUAUCUUCCAAAGUUGAUUAGAUUCUGCACUGGAUAUCAAAUUGAAUUUCAAUCUCUUAGAUACUUGAACAUAAGCAGGUGCGAUGCAUUGAUGUGCUUGGUCCCUCAUACAGGCAUGAUGGAAAAACAAGAUAACACAGAGAUGAAUCAGAAUCAAAAUGAGAAUGCUGAAAUUCAAUCUCUCUUCAAUGGAAUGGUUAGUUUUCCUAACUUGGAGAGAUUGAGUAUCUCCGGACUAAAUGAGUUGAAAAGGAUAUGGCACAGUCCACUUGUGGCAAAUUCCUUCUUUAAACUAAAAUCAUUGAAUGUUUCUGAUUGCCAGAAAUUGAUGGCUGUUUUUCUAUCAAAUGACUUAGAAAGAUUCCGAAGAAUAGAGGAGUUGGAUGUGAGCCAUUGUGCUUCAUUGCAAGAGAUAUAUCAACUUGAAGGGUUCAAUGUUGAUGAAGCAUUUGAGUUGAGAAAAUUAAAUAUAAGUGGACUGGGAUCGUUGAAACAUGUAUGGAGGAAGGAUCCACAAGGAGUUUUCAGUUUUCAAAAUUUGAAAUCAGUUAAAGUUUCACGUUGUGACGUUCUAAACUAUCUGUUUCCAACCUCCAUUGCCGAGGGUCUUUUGCAACUUGAAGAGCUUACAAUAACUAGGUGUGGGGUUGAGAAGAUUAUUGCAAAGGCUGAAGAUGUGGAACAAGCCUCUUAUUAUUGUUUUAAAUUUCCUCGACUAACAUCCCUUGAACUUACAGAUCUAUCAGAAUUAAGGAGUUGGUAUCCAGGAACACACAUUUCUGAAUUGCAGAAAUUGACUAGUUUGAAGGUUCAUAAUUGUCACAAAAUAAUAAAAUUCAGUUUCCAAGAAAUAGAGGAAGAGGGCAGACGACCCCUACUUUUUUUGAAAAAGAUGAGUCCCAACUUGGAGGAAUUGACUUUAGAGCACAAGGACUUGAUUGAGAUACAGCAAGGACAAUUCUUUUCUAAACUCAAAAUGCUUACUUUGACCAACUUACAGAACAAAUCACGCCCUUUCAUAAUUGGUUUUCUUGAAAGAUUAUAUUCUGUGGAAACAAUUUUGGUACAAGGUCAUAAUACUUCAGAAGAGUUGUUCUCAUAUGAAGGACUUGUCGGAGAAGAAGAAGAACAUGCCAGGACACUUGCACGAGUGAAAAAUUUGAAGCUACAGAGCGUUUAUAAUUUAAAGCAUAUAUGGGAUCCAGACUCCGGACUGAAACCACUUCUUCAGUAUCUCGAGACUUUGACUGUAUUUGAUUGUGAUAGUUUGAUCAACAUAGCACCAUCCUCAUCAUCUUUCCAAAAUCUAGCAACUCUUGAAGUGAGGUACUGUGCAGGAUUGGCAAACUUGAUAACAGCGUCCACAGCCAAGUCCAUGGUGCAACUCACCAAAAUGACAGUACGAAGGUGCAAUAUGAUGACAGAAAUAGUGACCAGCGAUGGAGAUGAUCAUACAGAGGAUGAGAUUAUUAAUUUCGACAAACUGAAAUUUUUGGAACUUGAUGAUCUGCCUCAUCUCAUCAGCUUUUGCUCCGGCAAUAAUGCCUUCAAUUUUCCAGCUUUAGAAAAUGUUACCGUCAAUAGAUGCUCCCGGAUGAAGAUUUUUGCUUUCGGACUUCUAAAUACACCAAAACUACGAGGAAUACUCCUGGGAGAUCAACAGCAUUGGGAGGGAAACCUUAAUGCAACACUAGCAGAAAUGACAUUUUGCCAAUAUUUUAAAGCAUCCGAAUUUCCUGAGCUCUGGCAUGAUGGGAUGCAAGGGAGACUCCUACGCAAUGUAAAAAGGCUUAUGGUGGAUAAAUGUGCAAUGUAUAACAAAGCUAUACCAUCCAAUGUACUGGUGUUUUUAAACAAGUUGGAAAAGCUUGAGGUGAAAGGUUGUGAUUCAGCAGAUGUAGUAUUUGAUUUGGAAGGGCUAUCUGCUGAUGAUGGGCUGCUUCCCCAACUAUGUGAAUUGAAAUUAACAAGUCUGCCAAUGUUGAGACAUUUAUGGACUAAGGAGCCUCAGGGAAUUUUGGAGUUCAAGAACCUAAGGUUGCUCCAAGUUGGAAACUGUAGCAGCUUGACGUAUAUAUUUACCGAGUCUAUAGCAUUGUGCCUCUUGCAACUUGAAAAGAUAGAGAUAUACAAUUGUAAGAUGAUUGAAGGAAUCAUAGAAAAGGAGGAAGCAGCUGAUAAGAUGAUAUUAUUGCCUUCAUUGAAAUCUGUAGUCCUUAAAUGUUUGCCUAGAUUUUCCAGAUUGUGUUCAGGAUGGAGUAAUGUGGAAUGUCCAUUGUUGGAGGAGAUGAGCAUACAUGAAUGCCCAAGCUUAAAGAAUAUCUUUGUCACACAGACACUAGUGAACACAAUUGAUGAGGUUCAUAGACCUUUUCAGAUGUUUCCAAAUUUGGAAAAGUUUUCGUUAGACAAGAAGUCUACCAUAACCAUACUUGGAUUUCAAUUUCCAACAGGCUUCUUUUCCAAAGUAAAAGUUCUUGAAUUGAGUUUCUUUCUAAACAAAUAUCAUGUUCCUCUGUUUAGUUUACUUCCAAUAUUCUCCAAUCUUGAAAGAUUUGAAGUUCUUGAUUCUUCUCUCAACGAGCUACUUCCAUUUGAAGGACUGGUUGGUAACCAAGAAGAUAUCACUACAAUUCCACAGAUAAGAGAUUUGAAGCUUAAAAAUCUUCUUGAUUUGAAGCAUAUAUGGAAUCCAGAUGGCCAACUGCAUGACCCAUUAUUUCAGUCUCUUGAGACUUUUGAGAUAGAGUCUUGUGGAAAUUUGAUUGUUUUAGCACCAUCCUCUGUGUCUUUGGGAAAUCUGAAAACUCUCCACGUAUAUCGAUGCAACACAUUAGCAAUUAUUUUUACAUCAGCCGCAGCCAAAAGUAUGGUACAACUUGAGACAUUGAUUGUAAGAUCUUGCAAUAUGUUGACCGAAAUAAUAGGAGGUGUUGAAGAGGAUGGAUCAACUGAUGAGAUUGUUUUCAGUAAAAUGAAAACAUUAAAACUUGAAGAUUUACAGAACCUCACAGGCUUCUCCUUGGGCAGUUACACUUUCAAUUUCCAAUCUUUAGUACAAGUGAAUGUUUUUAGAUGCCCCAAGUUGAGGAUUUUCACUGUCCGCCCGCUGAGCGCACCAAAGAUACAUGGUGUAUUCACAGGCAAAAGACUCAUUCCAACAUUUCAUUGGGAAGGCGAUCUCAAUGCGACCAUUGAACAGAUUUACAUGAAAUAUAUUGGAUUUAAAGGGAUAGAUGAUAUUCAACUCUCCAACUUUCCCAUGCUGAAAGAAAAAUGGCAUGGCCAAUUUCCAUUCGAGAACUUGGAGUACUUGAGAAAAUUGGUGGUGGACGAGUGUGCAUUUUUCUCAAAUGCCAUAUCAUCAAAUCUACUAAAGCACUUGCACUUGUUAAAAAAGCUGGCCGUAGAAAGAUGUGAUUCAGUAGAAGAGCUGUUUGAAUUAGAAGGGCUAAAUGCUGAUGAAGGUGAGGUUGGGUUAUCAAAGUCUCUAGGAGAAUUGAGGUUAAUUGAUUUGCCUAGAUUGAGGCAUGUGUGGAACAAGGAUCCUCAAGGAAUUUUGAGCUUUAGAAACCUAACAUUGUUGAAAGUUGAGAAUUGUAGCAGCUUGACUAAUAUUUUUACUCUGUCCAUGGCUUCGGGUCUUCUAAAGCUCAAACAUUUGGAAUUGAAAAGAUGUAAUUUGGUGAAACAUAUCAUCACAAAAGAAGCAGAAGAGGAAAUAGCAAAGGAUAAUACCAUAUUUCCAUCAAUGGAGACCAUGAGUCUAGAGUGUUUGCCUAACUUGUCAAGUUUUUAUUCUGCAAGCGAUGUUCUGAAAUGCCCAUCCUUGAAAAGAAUUGAGAUGGUUGGCUGUCCAAACAUGGAGCUAUUAGCUUCUAAAGUUUGCAAAGAACAUGAUCUAAGCAUGAUUGCUGAGGGAAAUGGAGAAAGAAUUGCGGCCUCUUCUGGCGGGAAGGUUGUCAUCCCAAGUUUAGAAGAAUUAAGAGUGGAAUGUAACACCAUAAAGAAUCUGUGUUCUCAAACAUCUCAAGCUGAUUUCUUGUGUGGACUGAAAGGCAUUGAGUUGACAUGUAUUUCUAGUGACUCUACACUUUUGCCAUCUCAGUUCUUUGAAAGUUUACCCAUUCUGGAAAAGCUUGUUCUGAGUGAUACUUCUUUCGAAGAUAUCAUUUUCUGUGAAGAGAUUAUUGGCGAGGAAAUACAUCCUCAAUCACUUGUGAAAUUGAAAGAACUAAGUUUGUCUAAACUGCCAAGGCUCAAGCAUCUCAGGGACGCCAAACUACUCUCAGUUUUCCAAUCUCUGGAGACUUUAAAUGUAAUGGAAUGUGGUAGAUUGCAAGUGUUAGUGGCAUCCUCUGUUUCUUUCCAAAAUUUAACAGCGCUGCAGGUAUCAAAUUGCCAAGGUCUAGUAAAUUUGUUGUCUUCUUCAACAGCGAGAAGUCUUGAACGAUUUGAAAAAAUUAAGAUAGAGGAAUGUGAACUGAUACAAGAAGUCAUAGUGGCUGAAGUAGAUAAAGAAGAACAAGAGAAUGAGAUUUGCUUCAACCAACUGAAAUAUUUGGAACUUCGACGUCUACCAAGUCUCUCUAGCUUCUGCUCUGGGAAUUUGACCUUUAAUUUCCCAUGUUUGGAAGAAGUGAUCCUUGUAGAAUGCCCCAAUAUGAAGAUUUUUGCUCAAGAAGUAAGCACGCCGCAGCUAUGGAGAGUUCAAACAGGAGAACGUAAAUAUGAAUGGGAGUGGGGAGGCAGCCUUAACAACACCAUUCAAGCACUAUUUAAGGAAAAGAAAGCUGAAGAGACGGAGAUAGGCCAGUGUUCAUAUGGUUGAGGUUGAAUAAGGCCAAUGUUCAUAUUCUAUUUCACCAACUUGCUUGACUGCUAUAUUUCUUCUCAUUCAAGAAAAUGAUGAAAAAUGAAGAUUUGGUGAAAAAUAGCCUAAAAUGCAUGAAAAAUUGAUUUCGUCGAAGUGAUUUUCUAACUCCAACUAGAGAAAAAGGUGUUUAGCCACUCAUGGUGUGCAAAGAAUACAUAAAAAGAAAAGAAGAAAAUGAGAAAAUAUUGUGCUGCUGAUACUUUCUGCCGAAACUAGGAUGAUGUUGCUGCUGCCUUUUUAUAGAUGCAAAAACCCUAGAUUGUCCUUUAUGAGAUGAAACUCCUUUUAUAGGCGAUUUGACCCGUGCUUUGGACAAAUCAAUUUUGGCAUAUCAAAACUUGAGUUUUGGCUUCUACUUCCAUCCACUUGUGCAACUUCCUUGAUCAUUCUGAGGUUGAUUUGUUAAACUUCUAUUUUUUCAGUAUUUAUGCAAUUUGUUCAUGUGCUAUUAGAAUC